CAAGCCGGUGCUGACCAGACCGGAGGAGGGCUGUGAUUUUCAGCACUGUGCUCUCUUGCAUUUUAAAACCCCCAGUCUGCACAAAAGGGAUAAUACCAGGGUGAAGAGGAGGAGGAGGAGGAGGUGUUGAAGGAGAGGGGCAGGGCAGGCUUCCUCCAAACGUAUUUCCCUCAGUUGUAACAAGGAGGAGGAGGAGGAUGCAGGCAUAAAGAGGAGGAAAGCAGCACCAUUUAAACACCUGCUGGAAGCUGCUGUAGGCCUUCCCGUCUUGGCCUUUUCUCCUCUCUAUUUUCAUGAUCUCGCCGAUUUCCACUUCUUUCUGACCUGUUAUUUUUUGGGAGCCUUUCCUGGUUCCCGGAAACAAAAGCUACAGCUCCUUUUUUCCCUCGGUGGUGUUGCUUCGGCCUGGCAUCAGCUGAGUCAUCAUGUCUGAUCUGACGCCUCAGAGCGAAACCCCGACUCCCACCACUGACAAGAUCACCCAGGCUGCCCGGGAGACCAUUUAUCUCUGCAACUUUCGUGUGUCCGUCGAUGGCGAGUGGCUCUGCCUCCGUGAGCUCAACGACAUCUCCCUCACCCCAGACCCUGAGCCGGCCCAUGAAGAUCCCAAGGAUCCCAUCGCAAUCGAAAGGCUGAACUUGAUGAACAUGGCCAAACUGAGCAUCAAAGGCCUGAUCGAGUCUGCGCUGAACCUCGGGCGCACACUUGACUCCGACUAUGCACCUCUCCAGCAGUUCUUUGUUGUGAUGGAGCACUGUCUGAAACAUGGUCUGAAAACUAAGAAGACGUUCCUGGGGCAGAACAAAUCAUUCUGGGGGGCGUUGGAGCUGGUUGAGAAGUUGACACCUGAGGCAGGAGAGAUCACUGCCAGUGUAAAAGACCUGCCUGGCCUCAAGACUCCUCUAGGAAGAGGGCGCGCCUGGUUACGGCUGGCCUUGAUGCAGAAGAAACUCUCAGACUACAUGAAGACCAUAAUCAACAGAAAGGACCUGCUCAGCGAAUUCUAUGAGCCCAAUGCUUUGAUGAUGGAGGAGGAAGGAGCUGUUAUCGCUGGCUUGCUCGUUGGACUAAAUGUCAUUGAUGCAAAUCUGUGUAUGAAGGGAGAGGAUCUGGACUCCCAGGUGGGAGUGAUUGAUUUUUCAAUGUACCUCAAAGAUGGAGGGCACAGCAGUAAGAGUGCAGAGGGUGAUGGUCAGAUCACAGCAAUUCUUGAUCAAAAGAAUUAUGUGGAGGAGCUGAACAGACAUUUAAGUGCAUCAGUAAAUAACCUCCAGGCCAAAGUGGACGCUUUGGAAAAGUCCAACACAAAGUUAACAGAAGAGCUUGCAGUUGCAAAUAACAGGAUUAUCACUUUACAAGAAGACGUGGAGAGAGUUAAGGAGGAGAGCUCAUAUCACCUGGAGUCCAGAAAGGCAUCAAGAAGUGACUCAGUAGCAGAUGGACAAGCACUGGGUGAAACACGCAAGCAGCUCAAAGAGGAAACUUUGCUUAGAUUGGAUGUGGAGAAGGAGCUGGAGGUGCAGAUUGGCAUGAAGCAGGAGAUGGAGUUGUCUAUGAAGAUGCUGGAGAAAGACAUCUGUGAGAAGCAGGAUGCUCUGGUGGAGCUCAGACAGCAGCUGGAAGACCUGCGCGUCAUCAACCAACAGCUUGGCCACAAGUCACAGAGUGCAGAGGCCAGCUCUAAACAGAAGAGUGAAGCCAUCGCUCGCCUAGAGGAGAAAAUAAACCAGAUGACUGGGACUGUAAAACAGCUGGAGGCAAGAUGUAAACAGGCCGAGAGGGAGAGGGACGUGGCUUUUGAGGCCAACCGGCUCUUCAAGCAGGAGUUUGGAGACAAAAUCGAGAGUCUGCAGGAGGAGGUGGAGCAGCUGAGGAAGCAGAGGUCUAAUCUUGAGCUGGAACUGAAAAGAGAGCGAGAGCGAGAGCGAAGAAGCGAGCACCAUCAAGGCACUUCAUCUCCACUGUCCAGGACACCACAGAGGAAACAUCCAGAGAGCAUAUCAAAACGUCACUGUGGAGCAGAGGACAAAACAAGUCUGAGCUCCACAUCGUCCUUGUCACACCACGAGAUUGAAAAGGAGGAAGCACUCGGGGAAAUCAGUCAGCCUUCAAUCUGUACCAUGUGUGAGCAAGACGAAUCACUCCUGAGGACAAAGAGACAGUGUAAGAACUGCAGCAGGGUUUUCUGUCAGCGCUGUGUGUCCAAUGAGCUCCCUUUGCCUUCCUCCAUCCUCCCAGAGACUGUGUGCACCGCCUGCUACGCUCUGUUACUCCAACAGUAUGCUUCGACACCACCAUGAAUUAGGAUUUACCAAAAGACACCAUGAUCAAUCACAUUUAUUGGAAAACUGGCACUUCAUAAAUGCACUUUUUUGACUUUGUGGCAGGUGAUAAGAUACAGCUGAAGGAGUCCUGCAAGUUUUGAACUUUCACAUUUUUAAAAGUAGUGUCCGAUCAUGUGCCACAGAGAGCAGGUUGAUGCGAGUUUUACUUUUGAAAGCUUGUGAAGCUGUAAGAACUCCUUUCUUGCUGAAAGUUUGCUAAAAUGCUGUGGUGUUUUUUUAAAUGAAAUCUGGAUAGAGAAAGCUUAAAAAUACGCCAGAGUGGAGGUUACUGAUAAAGACAACAUGAGUCAUCUCAUGAAUUUAAAACUGACUUUUAAGAAGUGUCCACUAAGUGGAUUAUUACCAAGAGGUCAACUGGAAUAUUUUAAACUCUUUUAAAUGGAAAGAAAAAAAUGAUUCUUCAAACACAACUCUGUAAUUUUAGUUUAACUUAGUACACAUUUGUCAAAAACAUGUAUGAAGCUAAUAAAUGGCAUUUGAUUCAAAACAACUUCGACCAAAUACUUCCUUAUUAUAUACUAGACAUGUCACUCUUUGUGAAACUGUAUGUGCUGUUAAAAUUUUUAUACACUUUGAUAUGGUUUAAAACAAAUAGCAUACUCUCAGAACAGUCAACUGAGAUAACAAAAUUGUAAAGCUGUCAUGUAGAAUUAAAUACUAUGGAAGCCCUAAGAAGACAGCAUCCAUACACUUAAUUUAUCUCAUUUUCCUGUGAUGAGUCAUUUUAGUUGUUUUCUAGAGAUCUCCACUGAUUUGUUUGUUGUCACAGGAAAAUGAUGCUGUUUCUUCUGUGGCAAUUUAAGUUGCUUUCUUGAGAUCUUGACUUACUUUCUUGUUAUCUUGGGAUAAAGGGGUAAUUUUGUGGUGAUCUAGAAAACAAAAACAGGCUGGUCACCGAUAGCCAGGAACACAACAUGCAUUAUUGUCCACAAUAAAGAGGUAUAUUUAAGCUACAACCCAAAAAAUCUUUGCUAAACUGAUCACCAACACUGGAGACAGGGAAAACUGUUCGCAGUGAUUAAGGAUUUUUUUAUAUGGUAUCUUGCAACCUUACAGAUUUUGUGGUGUUUUGAUUGAUGCUAAGCUUACUGGCUGUAGCAUCAUGUAAAGAGUAAACACAGAUUGGUUUUAAAAUGCUGAAUAUCUUGGUAUGAUUUAUCUUUACACUUAUUGUGUCUUCUCCAUCAGCUAGAAGUGGUUUGACAAAAGUGUCUCAUCAGUCUUCUUUGUCGAUAUUUUGUUCCAUUGGAUUUUUACGGCAUUUAAACCCUGACAUUGAACUAUAUCUUCAGAAUGCGGUUCUCUGGACCUCUCUACAUAUUACAGCACUUUUAAUGAAAGCACUGUUCUCUACCUGCCUGGUUUGAAGUGGUCAUAUCAGAUCACAUCUUUGUAAAUGUUUUUUAUGUUCUGUUGAUUUAUAUGAAGAAUAGAGGCUCGAUAAUGUUUGGAUGUUAUGUCAAAGGCUAAUUAACACAUGAGCUGGAUUUGCUUCUUAGAACAAUAAUAAACUUGUAUUAAAUUUUA